GAAUUGCUUGCAUCAGCAAUACUACUCUCCAACAUGACACCGCCCCCUCAUCACUUGAGUCGAAGGUAAAGCAGCGCACGAUCAAUGUGCCAAUGUUGAAUGCUUAACGAACAUUCUUCUCUGAUUUGAGGUUGACUUGACCGAAAUGGAAAAUGGAAUCAGUUUGGUCAUUUCUCCAGAUUUCAUGAGUGUUCUGCUCCAGUCGGAAUUAAACAAUCCUGCGAUGGCUCCACGUUUCGCUUUCUUCAAGUAAUCCUAUCAAAUGACUUUCAACGCCGCUUUCUCAUCCCUCAGGACGAAUGCACCUCUUUGAUCACCCAUGCCAUUUUGGGAACCGUCAACGGAGAAAUGAACCAACCCUGCCUCAGUGUAUUUGCCAAUGGAGCGAUGGAUGGUACAUGGGGGAGGGGGAGCUCGGUGCAGCAUCUCCAAAUUCCAACCAACAUGGUGAAAUAAGGCACAGCCGGCGCAGCAUGGCCAACGAUAUAGACACAGUCACUCGCUAUUCUCGCGAUCUCUUUUCUUUGCUCGUCAUAUCUUCAAACUGACACAUAGACGGGAUGAAUUUCUAUCUCGAAUUUCGUUCCUGUUGACUAUGUAUUUCUUGCUUUAUUUCGCCGCUGGAGCACUUGCUCUAGCACAUAACACUUCGCCAGAACGGCCUCAAGUCGAAGGUUAGUAUUACUUGGUCUAGUUAUGUAUUUUGGAAAUACUUACACUCGCUUCUUUGUAGAUAUUAUUGCUAUUACACAGGACCGGACACCAGAAAUUGGGCCUCUUGCCGUUCAGUCAACUGAGUAUGUACCGAAACUUAUUAAUGACACUAUCAUCGUCGACGUUGUGGAAGGAAGGAAAUUAGAAAUAAGAGGUGCGACGGCGACCGGUCAGGAGAACAAGGCUACACAAGUACCUUCGAAAGAGUCUCCAGCCGCACCUCAUUCGCAGGAACCAAAGUCAGAGACGGUAGUGCCAGUAGAAAAGUCCUCGGAUCAAGCCAUUCCCCAUUCAACAGCAGCCAAGGCUUCGAGUGCAGCACAAGAGAAGCCAACCACAGGUCUCAAACCAACCACAGAGAUCAAGCCAACCACAGAGAUCAAACCAACCACAGAGAUCAAGCCAUCCACAGAGAUCAAACCAACCACAGAGAUCAAACCAACCACAGAGAUCAAGUCAACCACAGAGAUCAAGUCGACUACUCAAGAGAGCAAACCGACUACGCAAGGGAACAAAACGACUUCUCCUGUGGUCCUUCCAACUUCUGAAGUCAAGGCAUCCAGUGCGACUCACGACAGCAAGACAUCACUACAAACAGUCGUUUCAACCUCUCCGGGGAAGGAUUCAAGUGUAGUCCAGGAGAGCAAAACUACCUCUAUGCAAGAUGUUAAGACUCCUCAGCAAACAUCUCAAAGCUCACAAGCACCAACAUCAAGUACAAUUUCUACCAGCAAAUCUCUUAUCCAAACCAUCGCUUCUACUGUAGUGAAAGAGUCGAGUUCGACCUCGGAAAUCAAGCCCUCGUCUGAGAGCAAGACCGUACAGUCAACUCUCCCAAGCUCACAAACGCAGACCUCCGUUGGAACAACAACGCUCGAUAGCAAAACUCCAUCCCAAGCUGUCUCGUCAACGGCGGUGAAAGAAUCGAGCUCGAGUUUGGAAAGCAAGUCGACCCAAUCACAACCUACUUUCCUUCCAGAUUCCAAAUCUUCUACGAUUCCAAGUAAGGAGGCUACGAUUUCUACAACAGGGAGCCAGUCAACCACCACAGCUGCCGGUAUGUUCUCUGAACCGUAUUCAUGAUACGAGCAAGAAUAUGAACUGAUAGUAAACAGCCGGCCCUAAGCAUGGUGCAAAUCUCAGAGUCAACGUUGCUGGGAAUGGAGAAUUUGCACCUGCUGAUACUCAAAAAAAUACGGUACGUAUUCAAAUAUCUAUCUUGACUUCUCCUUUGUUGGCCCAAGCAGCAGGGAAACUGUAGUAUUAGGCGAGAAUGUUUGGCUCAACGAAGUGAUAUGACUUUUGAUUCUUCCAAACUUUUCGAAUAAGAACUCAGAUGUGUCUCGCCUUCCACACUUCAUGAUUUAAAUGUUGCAUCCACUCACACUCUACUCAGGUCGGCACCCCAUCCGAGAAAAAAACAGUUUCUUCUGAAAUGAAGCCCACUGCCGCACCAAGUACUCAAAACAGCAAACUCGUGAGCGAAACCAUUACUUCCAAAUCAGAAGUCGUUUCGUCGAAAUCAGGGGAGCCUAUUCCUGAACAUACAACAAAAGAAACUCCUUCGAAGCCAACGGAAGUGACAAAAUCAGAUAGUAUGUUCUUUCUACACUCGUAUUAUAUCAAUCAAUGAACUGACCAAUGUGAAUAGCUUCAGUGUCGCCAUCCUCGUCGCCUGUGGUCGAGACCCCUAAGGCUUCUAAUAUCAAACCGAGUGAGUCAGCUAAACAGCCUCCAAAAUCGGCGGAGUCGACGGCACCGCUUGUUUUCACGAAUCCAAUGAGAUCAGCGGAUUCAACCCAAGCCUCAAAGUCCACCAAUCCGCUAGUUGAAAGUCUUAAACUAUCUUCCGCUGAGCCAAGCAAGCAAGUUGAACCUACAAAACCAGUGUCCACCACGCCCUUUGCUUUUAUUGAUACCAAAAGGCCAGAUGGACCGGCAAUCCCUACCAAAAAGGAGAGCUUUUCAUCGGCACAGCCUUCACAAGCUGGCAAAACCGAUAUCUCAACUAAUCAACCAAAACCAGUGGAAACAACUACCCCUGAGCAGAACACCAAGACAGUUCAAAGUUCCGAGGCACCUCAGCCUGUAUCUACACGUCUUGGUGGUGGAGGAAAGCCUGCUGCAGCCCCAGACGCGCCAAAGCCCGACGACUCCCCCAAGCCAUCAGCAAAAUCUGAGAGUCCAGCUGAAAAUCCAUUAACAAAAUUUCCGAUUAAUCAUAUUGAAAACCCGGUUGGAUUACCCACCACUACAAUAGGACUUGGGGACCAAAAACCUCCACCCUCAGCCAAGCCAGAACCAGGACAGAAUUCCGACGCGAAGCCUACAGCUUCCCAAACUACUCCUGUUGUGGGAUUGCCAACCAAGUCGCCAGGAGAACAAAACACUGGACCUUUUACCAAGCCAGAAACCGGAGCAAGUUCACCUAAUACGAAGCCCUCAGCUCCUCAAACUGUACAGCCAGUGCCUCCUCUAAUAUCUCGUGUAAUCGAUCCUGUAAUUUCUGGCAUAUCUAAUGCUUUGGGAAAUUUGCCUCCCAUAAUACCUGCAUCUCCCGUCCACGCACCAACUCCCGGUGGUGGAAAUGGAAAUCCUAUCACGAAAGAUCCUUCUCCGACUGCAACAAGCAAUGGAGGAAAUCCAAAUCAAGGCGGUGGCAACGGUGGCCUUCCAACCACAUUUACGAGUCCAGGAGCGGUUCAAACUCCAGAAGCAAGUAAAGGAGGUCUGCCCGCUAUAUCGGGGCCGCUUGGAACUGUUAUAAACGGACUCACGUCUAUUCUCCCUCAACUGCCAACACCAGAUGGAAAUGGUGGCUUUUCAAAUCCUAUCACGAGUCAAGGAACAAUCCAAACCCAAGAACCAGGAAAUGGAGGUAUCAAAACAACUAUUAGCAACGGAGUCGUUCCAAUUGCAAGCCCAAUUUUCACCCCUGCGUCAUUACCAACUGCAGAUCCAGUCAAAGGGAGCCAAGGUCCUCCCGCCAUCUCAGAGGUCAUUGCACCUAUCAUAAGUGGCAUCACAUCUAUAUCCUCUCCAUUUUCAACUCAGGGUGGGGGUCAAGGCAACGGAGUUACAAUUCCAAGCUCAAUCCUCAGCCCGGCACCAGUACAAACAGUAGAGCCAGGGAAGCCAGCCCCAAAGCCGACUGAUCUCCCUGGCGUUAUUUCAAGUGUCGCAGACGGACUCUCGUCUAUUUUCCAAAUUCCAAGCAAUGUCAAUAGCGGACAACCUCCAGCACAAAACACUCAAAAGAUUCCUCCGCAAAACAAUGUAGGCAGUCCAACUCCUGUUAGUAUCGUACCCCAGAAUAACGGCGGACCGGGUUCAAUUGCAAUCAACACUCAACGACCAGCUUCUCCAGCAAACUCGGGUCCACCUCAACAAGGGCAAACAAAUGUGCCAGUUCAGAGUAAUCCGAUACCUGAAAACACUCAACAGCCAGCUCCCGCUACGAGCACAGGAGGUAACCUUCCUAUGUCUCAAGCACCACCUAAUCCAAAACCUGGAAACACCCAGGCACCCUCUCCCGCUAAUACUGGUGCCCCUCAACAAGGGCAAACAAAUGUACCAGUUCAGAGUAAUCCUAAACCGGAAAACACUCAACAGCCAGCUCCCCCUGCGAGCACAGGAGGAAACCUCCCUGUGUCCCAAGCUCCACCCAAUCCCAAAUCUGAAAGCACCCAGGCACCUUCUCCCGCUAAUACUGGCGCCCCUCAACAAGGUCAAUCAAGUAUCCAAGUCCCAGCAAACACGCAGCCUCAAAGCUCACCGCCUUCCCCUGUUGCUACCUCUGUCCUCACUCCUAUCCAAGCGCAACCGAGCCAAAGCCCAGCUCAACCGAUCGCUCAAUCAACCGCUCCUUCUACACCUGGGUUAACCUCAAGCAACGUUCCAUCCCCAAUAUCAGUUGUCCCAUUUACCGCCUCCCCAUUACCACCGGGAGCGAAAUCGACUCCUAUCACGAACACAGACGUAUCUUCUCUCGUCACCUCUCUCGGUGUCGUGGGUCCCACGUUCGUACCUGCCGCUCCAAUUCUCCUAGGUUCACAAACACUCACCAAAGGACCAUCAUCCGUUCUCAUCGUCGGCUCUCAGACCAUACUUCCCGGCUCCUCAAUCACCGUCGACGGACAAGAGAUCUCCCUGGCCGCAACGGGAGGAGCAGUCGUCAUCAAUGGCGCCCACACCACCGCACCACCCACCACCACGCCUCCAGCAGUUGUAAACAUCGGCAGCACUUUCUACACCGCCAACUCUGCGGGAAUAAUCCUGAUUGGAAGCCAAUCACUAUCCAAAGGCGGUUCCAUCACCAAAGAUGGUGCACUCCUCGUGCUUCCUACUGACGCUCCUUCACCUACUAUUUCCAAUGCGAAGGAAACGACCUUGAAGACCGUCACGUACGUCACCAAGGCGCCGAUUUCUAGCGUUCAGCUUGCGGGGCAGACACUCACGGCUGGUGGACGGAUCACUGUUGGUGGUGAUAUUCUGUCUAUCUCUCCUGAUGGGACGGGAGUUAUUGUCAUCGGGACGGUGACUAUCCAAGGUGUGCCGACAGCUGCAGCUGCCAAUUCGAAAAAGAAGAGUUCGGGGACGGUGCAGAAGCCUGGUUUUGGGUUGCUUACUACUGUUGUGUUGUCAUUCUGUUGCUAUUUGUUGAUCUAAUCAUCCUUCGAGAUUCAUACAAAACAACACAACACAAAAACUCGAAAAUGAAUACUUCGGGAGAGAUUGGCAGUUAGAACUUGAUGGAGGGGUCUGGUUUAUGUUUUUUUUUUGUAUUUCUAUAAGCAUUGGGAAACGGCGUUGCAUAGCUUUCUUUUCUCUUUUCAUUUGUCACUUCCCUUUCUACAGAGAUCUACAUUGUUAUGAUCUCAUCUUUUAGGAGCGGAAGGUUUUUAUAUAAUGUAAUUCUGGCAUGGAUAUUAGUAUCGUCCACCCUCUUUUCUCAUUUAGAAAAAAAAGAUUCGAUAGGUGGGAGGAUGAAAAGGAAGGAAGGAAGGAAGGCGAGGAAGAUAUACACAAGAAUGGAAAAAAGAAAGUUCUUAUAACUUGUAUUCUUGUAUAUAUAUAAUUCUUUUUCAUUGUCUAUAGAUUGAUUUAGAUAAUAGUACGAGUAAAGUUAAUAUCAGA